AUGGCUGGAUCUCACUCCUCCAAUGUCGUAGUACCCAUCAUUCCGUUAUUCCGCAACGCCGUUGACGUCGACGCCAAGCAGACAGUCUCGGCCGGCCCAUCUCAUUCUGCCUCUGCGCGUCUCACUCUUCAACUCUCUUUGUCGUUAGCAACCGCCUGCGCCGUUGUUGAUGCCUCGGGGCGGGCGAGCGAGACACCCCCAAGAUGGUUGGCAUCCCCACCAGAUCAGUCUCGUGCCUCACCUGCCGCCGCCGAAAGAAAAAGGCAGCAACAGCAGCAGCAGCAGCAGCAGCAGCGACAGCAGCAGCAGCGACAGCAUCCAUCCUCCGCGCAGGAGCAGCAACUCAUCCUCCGCGAUGACUCGUCUAGCCCAGGCAGCAGCAGCCCCAAUGACGUGGCCCGUCCCGCCGACAUCUUGCUGCCGCUACACCUGGCGUGCUCGGCCCGCGAGCAGCUCUACAUGGGCUACUUUGGCUCGACCUUGCUUGCCGCGGGGACGACGAUCCCCUCGUCUGCGGCUAUGAGCUUUGCCUCGAUGGGCUGGACCAAGCACAUUGGCCCGCUCUACGAGACGGACCCGGCGGUCCGCUUCGCCGCCAUGGCCACGUCAAGCGCCAUCAUUGCCACGCUGCACAACGACAAGCAGCUGCAGCUCAAGGGAAUACAGGCCUAUGAUAGCUCCGUGAUGGAAAUGACCAAGGGAUUGCGGAGGGCUGACUGGUACAAGCGCGAUGGGCUAUUGACAGCUGCCCGCAUCAUGGCCACCUUUGAAUUAUUAUUCAUUUCCAGAGAAAAGGACACCCCCGAGCCUCUGGUUUGGCGAGGCCAUAACCGAGGACAGCAAGCCAUCUUCUUGGCCCGAGGCCCUGCGGCAUUCGCUUCAGGGCCAGCGCAUCAGUUAUACGCUGAUGCCCGCAUCAACAUGGUCAUGCUAUCCAUCGGCCAACGGAAACGCUCCCCUUUUGCUACCCCUGCAUGGGAUAAGAUCCCGUGGAAGAAGCACCCGAAAGCGGUCAAGGAUGACCUUAUCGACUUGAUGCAAGAUAUUCCCGAAAUUAUUGAGUAUAUUGACGAAUUUAAAGUCUGUACAAAUGAACGUCGACGACAAGAUCUCGAGAUGCUCAUCAUGAGCCGCUGCAACACAGUGCGUGCAGACCUCGACGCGUGGGCUGCCGACCGCGGCGACUCACUGCAGCGCUUCGACUGCUUUGCGAAUAUUGGCCCGCUCGAGCCACCCAAGAAUGACGCCGAAUAUGCCUUUCACCACAUGACGACAAUAUAUUGGUUCACAUCCGGCAUGAUAGCGUGCAUCAAGAGCUUCCUCAGCUCACGGCAGGGCGAGGAGCGGAUACCGGAACGGCCGCCCGGGUGGUACGCGACGUACCUUGGGGGAGGUGCUGUCGGAACGCCAAGCUCGACGGCGACCUCGUACGACUACGACGACGCCAACUCGCCCUCGUCUGCGUCGACAGCCUCGAUAGCUGGCGUGUCCGCCACGGAGCACUACCUGUGGGAGUCGGCUGCUUAUGCGACGCGGGAAGUCUACUCCAUGGGCUUCUUCUUCACCCCCGACGCCGGCGUCGCGCACUCGGCGGCCGGCCUCAUGUCCUUGGCGGUGAUUCUGCGCUACUACCUGCACCCAGCUGCCUUUUGCAUCCUGGGCAACGAGAUCGACAUUUUGCAGAGCAUGUACAGGAUUCCGAUUCUCGGCAUCCCCAUCGAGCAGCUUCUGAAGAGGAUCCUCGGCGGCCAUUUACCACCGUUGACGGCCAACCUGAACGGCCCUCGUGUCAGUCACGGUCUGGGAUGGUUUUGA